CCUGAAACUCAUUAGCUUGCUUUCUUCUCUUUUUUUUUGGCUUCAUCUACACGUCAUUCCCUUCAAGCCUGUACGUGCCGCGGGUGUACAAGGCACGAUUAAAAGCGUGUUGAACUUUUUUUCGUUUUGAGAAAAACUAAAAUUAGAACUUUUGCUUCGAAUAACCAUUCAAACAAUGGCAGCACCAUCAUUCGAUAAAUUAGCAGCCAGUCUGCAAGAUUCAUCAGGGAAUGAGCCACUAGAUGCUCGAUUCAGAGCUCUAUUCACAUUGAAAGGCUUGGCUCCUAAUGAUACACAAAAAGUGAUCAACAUUAUCGAUAAGGCAUUUGACAAUAACGAUUCUGCUCUUCUCAAACAUGAAUUGGCAUACGUAUUGGGACAGAUACAGGAUGAAAGGGCGAUCACAUGUCUAGAAAGAGUGCUCAGAGAUGCAAAAGAGCAUCCAAUGGUCCGACAUGAAGCUGCAGAAGCAAUGGGUGCAAUCUCCUCCCAAAGAGCACUACCGAUUCUCAAUGAAUUUCUACAGGACGAAAACGUCAGCGUGAGAGAGACUUGCGAGUUGGCUUUAGAGAAAAUUGAAUAUGAUCAUGGAAUCAGUGCAGGAUCAUCGAAUCGACACAAAACAAACGGAGAAGAAAGUGAAGGAGCAGCAUUAGCACGUGCAAAAGCAGCUGCUUCCAUGCCAGAAGAGUCCUCUUCUGAUACGGACAACGUUGAUGGAUCAUUUUUGCCAAUCGAUCCCGCUCCUGCACAUUCGCUUAAAGUGGACACACUUUUAACCUCGAUACCACUUUACAAAGCUCAACUUACAGCAGGCGACUCUUUGCCAUUAUUCCAAAGAUAUAGAGCUAUGUUCUCUUUGCGAAAUGCCGUUCAUGCCGCCAGACGUAGAUCACAACAACCAAACAUCUCCUCAUCUGUCCGACAGCAGUAUGAAUCACAAGCGAACGACGCAAUCAAAGCUUUGGCUGAUGGAUUAUCGGAUAAGAGUGCUUUAUUCAGACAUGAGAUCUGUUUUGUGUUUGGAGAAUUGGCUCAUCCUGCAUGUGCAGAGAGUAUGGUUCGGGUUUUGAGCGAUUCAAAAGAAGAGGAAAUGGUUCGACAUGAAGCAGCAGAAGCUUUGGGAGCUGUUGUUGAAGAAGGCGAAGAGGCAUCUGGUGGUGAAGCUGAUCAGAUUCAAGCCACUACAGCAAAGAUCAUGAGCACGCUCAAACGAUGGGCAGAAGAUCAACAAGCGCCAAGAGUGGUUCGUGAGAGUUGUAUCGUGGCAUUAGAUGAGAUGGCUUAUAAUAAUGAUCCAUCUCAAUUUCAACCUGUAGCAUAAUAACUUUUGGGUCAAUUGCAUUUUUC